UAUUUAGGAGAGAGAGUGUAGGAACGACGAGUGAUGAGUCACGACACGGUGAAAGGCAACCAAACAACAUAAACGGGGGUAGGAAGGAUGCGUAUAAUAAGACGCGCGUAAAGCGGUUUUGGGAUUCUGUAACGGCGUUUCCUCAACCCCAUCAAAUCAGAGAAAAAGAGAGAGAAAAUACUAGAGAGAGAAAAUACCCAGAGCGACUUAGAGAGAGAAAACUACAGAAUCAACUACUAGAAGAAGAAGAGAAGCUGGGUUUCUGGGUUUUGUGUGAUUAAGCUUUUGGGUGGUAUUCUGUAUUAAUUUUCAGUUACAAACGUUUCGAAACGCCAAAGGGUUUGGAGCUUUAAUUGCAGACAAUAAUAUUGGUGAUAAAUUUGAGUAUUUAUUGAUUGAAUCAGAACUUCGGUAUAUUUUUUUUACCAUUUUCAGCUCGUUUUAAGAUUUGAAGGACAAGAAGAAGAAGAUUUAUGGCUAAUAGUAUGGCAUUUGGGCAACCCAAUUUGUCACCUGCGUUUCGAGAUUCAGCUGGUGGAGGUGAUGUUCUGUAUCCAGAGCUAUGGAGGGCGUGUGCAGGUCCACUGGUUGAAAUUCCACGUUUAGGAGAGAGAGUCUACUAUUUCCCACAAGGUCAUAUGGAGCAAUUGGAAGCUUCAACAAACGAGGAAUUAAAUCAGAGAAUACACAUGUUUAAUCUCCCUACUAAGAUCUUAUGUCGUGUGAUGAACAUUCUUUUACUGGCUGAAAAAGAAACAGAUGAAGUGUAUGCACAAAUCACUUUAAUGCCAGAAGCAGAUCAAACUGAACCGCGUAAACCUGAUCCCUGCCAACCCGAGCCACAGAGGCCGGCGAUUCGGUCUUUCUCCAAGGUCUUGACUGCAUCCGACACUAGCACCCAUGGCGGAUUCUCGGUUCUUCGAAAACACGCCAAUGAAUGUCUUCCUCCAUUGGACAUGACCCAACAAACCCCAACUCAAGAACUGGCUGCAGAAGAUCUUCAUGGUUAUGUGUGGCGUUUUAAGCAUAUUUUCAGAGGCCAACCUCGUAGGCAUUUGUUGACAACUGGAUGGAGUCAUUUUGUGACUUCAAAGAGAUUAGUUGCUGGUGAUUCUUUUGUUUUCCUCAGAGGAGAAAGGGGUGAAUUACGGGUUGGGGUUCGGCGUGUUGCCCGCCAACAGAGCAGUAUGCCCUCCUCUGUGAUCUCUAGCCAAAGCAUGCACCUUGGAGUACUUGCCACUGCAUCCCAUGCUAUCAAUACAAAUACCUUCUUCGUGGUCUAUUAUAAGCCAAGGAUGAGCCAGUUCAUUGUGGGAUUGAACAAAUAUUUGGAGUCAGUCGACAAUGGUUUUAAAGUGGGCAUGAGGUUUAAGAUGAAAUUUGAAGGGGAGGACACUCCAGAGAGAAGGUUCACGGGUACAAUUGUUGGCGUUGAUGAUCUCUCACCCCAGUGGAAUGAAUCAAGAUGGCGAUCACUGAAGGUUCAAUGGGAUGAACCCACAUCCAUUGCAAGACCAGACAGGGUGUCUCCGUGGGAGAUAGAACCUUUUGGGUCGUCUUCUCCAUCAGAAGUCAUUGAUCCUGUUGUUAAGACCAAAAAGCCUCGGCCUACCAUUGAAAUCCCUGGCCAUGCUUCUAUGUCAGUUAAUGAUUCAACUCCAUGGAAUUCUUCAAUUGACUUUGCUCAGGGAGAAAUAGAGGAUUGUAAAAGUGCAACUGCAUGGUCCAUUUUCACUGGAUACACAACCCCACAGUCCACAAAACAGAAUGGUGAUGUAACUGAAAAUGGGAAGAAAAUCGAGACCACUGCAAGUUAUCGGCUAUUUGGUAUUGAUCUAAUGAAAACUUCUACACCGACAACUAUAGAGGAAGAAUCUAUGCAAGAACUGAAUGGGACUGGAGGCUGCACAGAGGAAAACGGGCGUAGCUUAGACUCUCCUGUUGAUUCGGAGCAGAAAUCAGAUCUUUCAAAGGUUUCCCAAGAAAAGAAACAAGUGCUACCAUUGGCUUCACCCAGAGAUAUGCAGACCAAACAGGGUUCCUCUACCAGAAGCCGGACCAAGGUGCAAAUGCAAGGUGUUGCAGUUGGCCGGGCUGUUGAUUUGACCACAUUGGAAAGCUAUGCUCAGCUUAUUGACGAAUUGGAAGAACUAUUCGAUAUCAAGGGAGAACUGCAGCCUAGAGCUAAAUGGGAAAUCGUGUUCACUGAUGAUGAAGGCGAUAUGAUGCUUGUAGGCGAUGAUCCAUGGCCUGAAUUCUGUAGCAUGGCGAAAAAACUCUACAUAUGUUCAAGCCAAGAAGUAAAGAAAAUGAGCGCCAGAAGCAAACUGCCCGCGUCCUCAUUAGAAGGUGACGGGACUGUUUUAAGCAUGGAAUCAUCCGGGAAUUGAAGGCCGUUAACCAAACUCCAGUUCCUUCCUUCUUACUUCAGGGUGGUCCUUUUCUUCUUCUUUUUAAUUCAUUUUGAUGAAAUGGAAACUGUUUCAGAAAUUGUUAGUGCUAAUGUGGUGAGGUUAGGGAAAAAGGAUUCCUCUCCUUUUUUUCGGCUGCUCACUUUUUAGGCCUUCUUUUUAAUUUUAAUUUAUAAUUUAUAACUUGGUAGGCUAAGGGUUAGUCUAAAAAGCCAAUUACUAAAGUUGGUUUAUUUUCUAAUCAUCAGGGUGAUUAGUGGAAAGAGAGAGAGAGAGAGAGAUGUUAGGAGUUUUAGAAUGAUGUGAAUAUAUAAAAUGUUAGCCAUUUUUAGUGGCUCAUCUUUGUCUUGUUCUCUCUCCUAUGUGGUUUGUUGUAAAUAACAGUUCUUGGCUUGUGGCAAUUUGGUCAUUUUGUUGCUCA